GGCGAGCUUGCAGGGAUUCAGGGUCUCGCUAGCACGUGAUGCUGCGCGGACCUGGGGGUGCACACCUGGGCAGGUGCCCCACGGGAGCUGCUACAAUGCACCACGCUGUCGUCAUCAUCGCUUGAUCGACUGAUCCAAACUAAACUUCUGCAAAGAAUCCUUGACUGCGCAUGGUACCAGUAUGGCACGGACAGCAUUGAUCACCGGUGCUAGUGGUCUGCUCGGCCGUCAAGUGCAGCGAGAGUUCUUGUUAGAUGGCUGGAAGUCUAUCGGCACUGGUCUGCAUCGCACCACUGCUCCAGGUGUGGUGAAACUGGACAUUUUGGAUUCUAAGGAGAUCUUCAGGGUGCUUAAUGAAGUCAAACCGAAAGUCGUCGUCCACUGUGCUGCCAACCGCUUCCCGGACUCUUGUACUAAAGACCCAGAAGCAGCCAGGAAAUUGAACGUAGACGCAAGUCGAGCGCUGGUUGAGGCUACCAUCUCUCGGGGUAUCUUCCUCAUAUACAUCUCGACAGACUACGUGUUUGGAGGUAGACCUGGAGAGGCUCCCUACAAGACGGAUUCGACGCCGAGCCCACCGAAUACGUAUGGCCAAACCAAGCUGGAAGGCGAACAGGCUGUUCUUGAGGUUGCUGCUAAGACUGGCGCAAAGAACAAAGUCGUCGUUCUUCGAGUACCGGUCCUCUACGGAUCCUGCGAUGAGCCCAAAGACAGUGCAGUCAAUGUCCUCAUGUCGCAAUUGUGGAACGCCCAACAGAUAGAGCAUGGUCAACCCAAAAUUCAAGUCGACGACUACGCGCUUCGAUACCCUACCAAUACCCAAGACGUUGGCCGAGUGUGCCGCGACAUAGCGAAGCUGUAUCUUGAUCCCGCGAGCGCGAACCGCGAGCUACCCAAUGUUCUUCACUUCAGUUCCGAAGAUCGGAUGACUAAAUGGCAGAUUUGCCAGACAUUUUCCGAAAUCAUGGGGUUACCACUCGACAACAUGGAGUCCUUCAAGCCUGAUGAAGAACCAAAAGACGGCACUAUCAGGCCUUACGACUGCCAUCUGGACACUAGCGCGCUACGGGACCUGGGUAUCGAUGUAUCGACUGUUGACUUCCGCACAUGGUGGAGGCGAGAAGUUGGGGCUUUCCGCUAAGGAUUACCCCGGUUGACAACACACAAACGCCUAUUAGCAGAUCAUCAGCAAAGCCUCCAGAAAGUAAUGACCUUGUGCUCCUGCUGCACAAUGGUCAGGUGUCUCAAUAUUGCUUGUCGCGAAGCGAAGAUUGCGACAACGGUAGAUCUCCGCGACGUGUCCCAAGUAUAGCUAUUCGUACCUGUGUUUUUACUCCUAUAGGAAAGUCUGAAUCCACUUACCGCACAUCUCGGGUAUCGUAUUGGACGGUCCAGC